AUGAAGAAGGGUUCGAAUCUGAAAAAGAAAAAAACGAGAAGAAAAAUAGGAAGCAGCAGCAGCAACAACAACAACAUGCCCGUAAGCCUUAAGAAAGCUUAUGAAGCAGCAGCAUCAAAGAAGGGAGGAGGAGAAGUGCUGUGCAAGUUUUGGAGGCAGCAACAACAACUAGGAGGAGGAGGUGCCAGUAAGAAAGCGAUGGACGAAAGUGGCAACACAAUGCUGCAUUUCAUGGCCAUGAAAAACAACACAUCGGACUUGAAAAAACUUCUUGAUGUCGGGCUACUCACCGCUACUGAGCUCAAUCCAAGAAAUGAAAAAGGUGACACACCACUUCAUGAAGCUGCCAAGUUGGGUCACAUGAAUUUCGUAGAAAUGUUGGUGGAGAAGAAUCCAGGUUCGGUUUUCGAACGCAACAAGUUUGGAGAGACUCCUCUUUAUUCUGCUGCUGCCUAUGAAAAAGUCGAGGUUUUCGAGUUUCUCAAGUGGAAAGUAUACAAUCGCAGAAACAGCAGCAACAACACCACCAACACCACCGCUAUGGGUGAUGACUCCACUGUCCUUCACACCGCAGUCAAGCUGGAAUGCUAUGUCCGGCUAAAGAGAGUUACUACUCUUUUGCAGGCCAUUCAGAAGAACAAUCUUGCACAUAAGAAAGUGCUGGAGCUCCAGAAAACAACGAGACAAGCAGUGGCGGAAGCCGAGGCAAAGACAGCACAGCUUGAGCAAGCCAAAAAGCAGAUAGCCGAGCUACAGUUAGAGAAUGGUCGCUUGACCGGACUUGUUAGCUCGGCUGAAGCUGAAAAGCAAAAAAUUGCAAUAACGGUGAAGGAUAAAUACUUGCGCGAGUUGGCCAAACUCGAAGGCAAAAAAGACGCCGAAAUAGCUGAUCUGAAGAAGAAGGUUGGUGAUGCCAACGCCCAAGGUUUCAAAGAGGCGGAGGGCCUCUACAUUCUGCAGUGCGAGGGGGCGAAGGACUUAUUCUUCAAAUGGUUGGAUGUUUGGAAUGGAACUCAGUUGUUGGAGUUUAGUUCAGUUUCUGUGUUGAUUUGUGAAGGGCCUUCACCCAUCGGUGCACCAGGGUUCAUCCAUGAUGUUCCAUCUUACUCUAUUGCGGAAACAGGUCUGUACAUUUGGCGUCGUCUGUGGAAAACGUUCUCUGAUUGCUUUGUGACGAACUUCGACGAUGGAUAUUGA